AUGUCCCGAGCCGCAGUUCCCGUUGUCGACUUGCGUUACUACUCCACCCUAGAGAUCAAACUCUCUGCUACCAGAGAGGAGAUCAAGAAGUCGUACAGGCGGCUUGCGCUCCUUGGAACCCGGACGAGCGCCCAGCCGCUGACCUUGAUAUCAACGACGCCCAUGAGGUCCUUUCUAAUGAUACCUCGCGAGCCCAAUAUGAUCAAUCGGUCCACAGUCGCCUACAGCAAAUCGAGAGCACAGGCUGAAUGGAACCGCCAAGUUGUUCUUAUACCAGUGAAGACAGCGAGAUCCGACAACGGCCUCUGCGGCGUACUAGAAAUCAAUUGAGAUCACACGGAAGGAACUAGAAGCGUUGGAAAGUGAGCGGUCUCAGCUGGUGCUGGAAUUCAAUCGACUGGUCACCUAGUCAGGUCUUGGUAACUCGACCAGCUCUUCAUCAUCGACUGCGGGACCCUCGACUACACCCUUCAAGCGGGACAAAGAAAUUUUACGACAAGAAAAAGAGGCGUGAAACAGGCUGCGCGAGACAUUAAAAAGGUAUUAUGAGUUACGGGGAACUGGCUACGAGGGUUGGGGAGAGACGCCAUGAGGCUUGGGUGGAGAGGUACGACGCCGAACAAAGAGAAAUAAAGAGAAUGGGCUCGACGAGUUGGGGAGGAGUGGAGACGACAGGGAGGAAGGGAGCCGAAGGAGGAAUACUACAGGAGGAGGGCAAGAGAAGAAAAGCAGAGGAGGGUAGAUGAAGAUAUACGGAGGAGAGCAGAAGAAGAGAUGCGGAGGAGGGCAGAAGAAGAGAUGCGGGUGAGAAUGGAAGAGGAAUGGAUAAGGAAAAGAGAGGCGUGGAUACAGACAAGAGAGAGGUACUGGGCGGAAGUUGAAAUGCGGAGGGCAGAAGAGUGAAGAAGGGCGUGGGUGGAGACACAGGUAGACGAGAGGCUUAGACAGGCCGGCAUCAACCGCGCCCACCAUGUUCAUGCUGCCCAAUCCCAACCCACGACAAAUACAGCAUUUUCAUCAAAGCCCCGGAAGAUUGUAAGCCAAAGUGAUCGGAGGAGCCAAUGUUCGGGGGCAUUGCUGAGGAAGCCUAUGGCAAGUUUGUCCCUAACAAGAGGAAAAGAGGUCGAGGCGACCAGGCUGAUAGUGACGGGGCGAACGAAGAGGGGAGGAAAAGGGUCCGGACAUGAGAGUGAACAAGUGUAGUCCGGAGAUAUAGUAACUAUAAGGGAAAGAUAUUGAAGGAGAGGGUCACUGGGAAGAAGAGGCACACUGGUCAUGUUAUAGAACGGUGGACCAAGAAACUAGGGAGAUAAUGCUACUUUGUCUUGAACAAGGUACAUGCAUUCUGGAGAGGACCGGAAAUAUUUGGGUUGAGUUUUGAUUUUUGUUCAAGUAGAAUUGUAGAAACCACC